AGCAGAAUUACAUUUCAAACACAUUUCUGUUUUCUUUUUGGACUGUUAAAUGUGAAGCUUUUCAGGAUCCGUCGAAUCAUUUUAAAGCACUUUUGCAGCCUCUGAGUUCAGCUCGGGUCAGGAUCAUCGAUGGGUUCGGUUUAAAGUUUUUGGUUAAGAUGGCAGCCGGAGCACGAUGCUGCGUAUACACCCCACAUUACAUUUGGUAAGCGUGAGAAAGAGAGACAGAGCCGAGGAGAGGGAGUAGAUCUGUAUUCUCCGUACCGUGGUGUACAGCAUGGCACUAGUGGACAAACAAAAGGAGCUGGAGAAGAUCUCGUUAGAGCUGCAGAAAAUGACCAUCCACAGAGAUCAGCUCAUCCACAGACUGCACUUACUGGACAUGCUGAAGGAGUUCAGACAGAAGGCUGGAUACACUGCGGAAGUAGCCGAACCUGACGAGGGAGACGAGUACACAAAAAUCGAGCAGGAACUCAAGCAAAUUUCUGAAAGGAAAUUAGAACUGCAGGCUUUACAAGAGGAGCUGGAAGGAGGCGCAUCACAUAAAGCUUUCACUGUUAGUGAAACACCCAAACAAGACCCUUGCAGUAAUGAGAUAUUUACUGUGGAGAUGCCGCCGUCUUAUCCAGCUCCUCAGGUGAUUACAGAUAUAAACAAACUCCCACGACAUCCAUCACCGAUCCAGUGUCCUCACUGUGAACAGUACGUCACUACAGAGCUCAGCACAGUGGUGGGGAACACGUCCUGGCUCAUGUGCCUGGUGUGCACCUUCAUGGGCUGCAUCGCCGGCUGCUGCCUUUUCCCCUUCUGCAUCAGCAGCUUCAGAGACGUGCGGCACAAAUGCCCGAAGUGUCGCAGCCACAUACACACCUGUACUAACAUGUGAGGAGAAGCAAUGCCAGAAAGGAGCAUGCUGCAUUACCUGUGUGUGUGUGUGUGUGUGUCUGACACCGUGCACCAUGAUGGGAACCAUACAUACGUUUUAAUGACACAGAAAGCUCUAUGUACAGUGAUGACAUUUUUACACUGGCACAUGGCAUACGCAAAAAAAAAAAAAAAAGAAAAACUCAUGAAAAUGAACAGCAAAGCAGAACCAGCACUGACCUGGAGUACCCUAGGUUCCAGUAUACACUAGCGCUUGUGCAGUCAGAGUCGGAUGCAUUAAAACAGGUGUUGGGGCUUUUGGUGGUGGUUAUGAUGCUUUAUAACAAGAAUGAAACCUGCCUCAAGUUCAGCCAGUUCCUCUGUAGAACAUUCUGGACCUUCUAUCAAUGUCUUGAGGUCUUGAGGAAGCUGAUUCAAGCCUGACUAUAAAAUUGUUAUAAUGCAGCUCAUUUACUCCAGAACUUUGUCUCUCUGCCUGCUGAUUGUUUCCCUGCGUGUCCCUGCACCUCCUGUUGAAAUGAGAUCGUUGAUGUUUGUUAUUAAAAUGAUUACGUGUAAAGGUCAAAGUGUACAUGUGAAUGAGCCAAUGAAGUCUGCAGCACCUAAAUAAACUGUUCUGCUCAUAAGUGAAUGGGUUCAUCAGCCGUUCUUGGUGGAACGGGUAACUGUGUUUUUUUUUUUCUUUGUACAUAGGAUUAUAAUAUCUAAAUUUAUUUAGCAAUGAUGCCCAGAUGAAGCUUUUAAUCAUCGCAGACAUUUGCAUAUACUGCACUGAUCCUAAUAAUAACAGACUGGUGUCCCCUGUGAAAAGUUUACACACCUUUGUAUGUUAUAUACAAGUAAAUUCACUGUAAAUGUUAUGCAUCUGACUUGUUUGUAUAAGGUGUGUUGUUUUAUUUGUUGUUUGUGUGUUUUGUGUACGCCUGCACCGAAUUUGCUGAGUGCUUUAAUAAAAGGCAACUGAAAAUCUGUGAGACAAA